UCUGGCAUUUUCGAGGCUAAAACAUCGGGACAUAUCCAUAUUAUAGACAUGACGGUAAUAACACGUCUCUCUGCCUCCCUAUAGGAAACUCCUGGAGUGUGAGGAGUCCCAUCUGUACACCAUCUCUGACACCCACAUCUCCAUGCCCUGCAUCUACCGCCAGUCCCCCAUCUACACCCUGCCUUGCCUGGCCCGGCAGGGAGGGCCCACACGCAGGUCUGAGCCCCAGUACAAGUUUGUUGAGGAGAUCAUCUCUGAGACCACCAGAGACAUGGAGAUGUCCGAGAUCGAGGAGACAGGCUCCGAGGAGACGGUCGGGGGAGAGGGAGACGAGUUUAGACAGAAGCAGGGAGAAGAGAGUGACAAAGCUGAGAGGAGGAGUGGGGAAGAGGAGGAUGAGGACAAAGAGAAAGCUAGAGGUAAAGUGGAUGUUGAAGUGGACGCCCUGGAGGAAGAGGGUGAACAGGAGGAAGAGUCUAAGAGACAGCAGAUGGUAACAUCAGCAGAGGUCGAGGUAAAUGGAGAUGGAGUUAGCCCUAGUGAGGGAGAAAAUGGAGAGGAGGGAGAUGAUGAAAGAGAGGAGGAAAAGGGGGGUGAGCCAGAUGCAAUCAAAAAGACAGAGGACAUUGACAGAGGUGAAAAUACACAAAGUGAAGUCAAAUCAGCUGAGGCCACUAGUGAGGGAGAGAAGGAAAAACUGGACACAACAGAGAAGCUAGACAGUGAGAUAAAUGAGACAUUAGAAAAAGAUGACACCCCAAAUCAUGGUGAAUCCCAACCAGGGAUUCCCAUGAAUGGUGACAUCUCAACAGAACCCAAAACGUCAGAGUUAGAGGAUAGCAAAACAGGAAGUUCAAUAAAGGGUGAACCACAGGGCCCCACAGAGGACAUCUCCAAAGAACCCAAAAAGGUGUCAGAGGAGAGAAAAAAAGAAAUCCAUUUAAAAGAGAAAAAAGAGGUAGAUCUGAAAGAGGAGAGUGCCCCAACAGAGCAACAACAAGAUAGCCCUAAAGAAAGUCCCAUCAAAGAGAGAAAAAAGGUAGAUCUGACAGAGCAGAAUGCCCCAACACUGGAGCAGAAACCUGAUCAGAAGGAGCACAGAGAGUCAGACCAACCUCAAGAGGCAGAGAGUGCUGUGACAACACAAGAAGAGGAUCUUCCUGAGCCCACAGAGAAGGACAUGGAAUCCCCUGAUAACACUGCAGAGCUCAACAGCAGUUCAACCAAGGAGACAGUGGAGCAGGUAAAGUCACCUGAUGAUUCUGGUGUAAAAACGACACAAGAUGAGAGAACAGUAGCAGGUAAAAUGCCAGACAGAAUUCUCAGCACAACAAGUGAGUGUAAGGAAGAGCCUGUGCAAAAGACUCCUAAACAGGAGGUGGGUCCGACCGAGCAAAAAGUGAGCAGCAAGGAUGAUAGUGUAAAAAGUAUUGUGCAGAAUGAACAUAAUGGCAGUGAAAAGGUCACAAAAGAUGUCUCAAUGGGUGAGGAAAAGGGGAAAGAAUCUGAGACAUCCCCUAAACCCGACGCCACUGUCACUCCUAAAGAAGAAACAACCCUGCAACCAGAGCCAACUGUCACCCCUAAAGAGGAGACAUCCCCUAAACCGGAACCCACUGUCACCCCUAAAGACGAAACAUCCCUAAAACCGGACCAAACUGUCACCCCUAAAGAGGAGUCAUCCCCACAACAGGAGCCAACCGUAACCCCUAAAGAGGAGACAUCCCCUAAAUCGGACCCCACUGUCACCCCUAAAGAAGAAACAUCCCCUAAACCGGACGCCACUGUCGCCCCUAAAGAAGAAACAGCCCCGCAACCAGAGCCAACUGUCACCCUUAAAGAGGAGAUAUCCCCUAAACCGUACCCCACUGUCACCCCUAAAGAGGAGACAUCCCCACAAAAGGAGCCAGUUGUCACACCUAAAGUAGAAAAUUCCCCAAAACCAGAACCAGCAGUCACCCCUAAAGUAGAGAAUUCCCAAAAACCCAAACUAGCAGUCACCCCUAAAGUAGAAACUUCCCCACGACCAGAACUAGCAGUCACCCCUAAAGUAGAAACUUCCCCGAAACCAGAACCAGCAGUCACCACCAUAGAAGAAUCUUCCCCAGAACCAGCAGUCACCACCAAAGAAGAUUCUUCCCCAGAACCAGCAGUCACCACUAAAGAGGAAACUUCCCCAAAACCAGAACCAGCAUUCACCCUUAAAUUAGAAACUUCCCCACCACCAGAACUAGCACUCACCCUUAAAUUAGAAACUUCUCCAAAACCAGAACCAGCAGUCACCCCUAAAGAAGAAACUUCCCCAAAACCAGAUCCAGCAGUCACCCCUAAAGUACAAACUUCCCCAAAACCAGAGCCAACCAUCACCCCCAAACAGGAAAUAUCCCCUAAGUCAGACUCAACCCUCACCCCAGAAUCAAUGACCACCCCUAAACCAGACUCAACCCUCACCCCAGAAUCAACGACCACCCCUAAACCAGACUCAACGCUCGCCCCAGAAUCAACGACCACCCCUAAACCAGACUCAACCCUCACCCCAGAAUCAAGGACCACCCCUAAACCAGACUCAACCCUCACCCCAGAAUCAACUACCACCCCUAAACCAGACUCAACCCUCACCCCAGAAUCAACGACCACCCCUAAACCAGACUCAACCCUCACCCCAGAAUCAACGACCACCCCUAAACCAGACUCAACGCUCGCCCCAGAAUCAACGACCACCCCUAAACCAGACUCAACCCUCACCCCAGAAUCAACGACCACCCCUAAACCAGACUCAACCCUCACCCCAGAAUCAACUACCACCCCUAAACCAGACUCAACCCUCACCCCAGAAUCAACGACCACCCCCAAACCAGACUCAACCCGCACCCCAGAAUCAACGACCACCCCUAAACCAGACUCAACCCUCACCCCAGAAUCAACUACCACCCCUAAACCAGACUCAACCCUCACCCCAGAAUCAACGACCACCCCUAAACCAGACUCAACCCUCACCCCAGAAUCAACGACCACCCCUAAACCAGACUCAACCCUCACCCCAGAAUCAACUACCACCCCUAAACCAGACUCAACCCUCACCCCAGAAACAACGACCACCCCUAAACCAGACUCAACCCUCACCCCAGAAACAACGACCACCCCUAAACCAGACUCAACCCUCACCCCAGAAUCAACAACCACCCCUAAAUCAGACUCAACCCUCACCCCAGGAACAACGACCACCCCUACAGAAGAGAGUGAAAUGAUAGACAGUGGUGACAAAGCUAAGACAAUCACACCACCAGAAGAACAGAUGCCUGCAGUUGCAGAGAGCAAGGACUCACACAGGGGGGCGCCAGAAAGCAACACAACUCAGGAGAAACCAGAGGAACGUAUGGAUAAAGAGCCUGAGAAGGUUACAGAACCCAAAGACAGAGAGCGUGAAGACCAAGGCCUCUGAGUUAAAACCUGAACAUGUGGAGAUAUCUAUUACAAAGACAUCACCGGUGAAAGAACAGGAUGUAUCAGCCGUGGGUUUGAAAGAUCAGACAGAUGAUGAGAAGAUAAAAGGACAGGCGCAAUUUAAAAUAGACGAGAACGGCUUUACAGGAGGUGAUGGAGAGAGCAAAGAUGACAAAACUGCAAAGAAGACAUCAACAGGACAAGCUGCUGAGCCAAUUGCAGAGAAGCAGGCUAAACCUAAAACUUGGGACUUAACCUCUUUAUAUAAUGACUAGAUUUAGAGGUCAGUAGAGGUUUUCUUUAAAACUGCAUGGUUAGUGCAAGCCUUUAAAGCAAUAUGAGAACUGCUCCGCCUUAAAAUAUUAACUGACACUUAAUAUGUAAAGUAUCAUGAUUCGUGACGGUCAAUUAUCACCAGGGCCACAACUUUCACUGGGGACGGGGACAGGACAUGUCCCCCUCCCACAUUCUGAAAUUGUAUUUUUGUCCCCCCCCCCCAGUUUUAUCAUUGGAAUAUGUUACAAAACAGGCAACGAUGUGCUCUAGGACCAUGUGGAUGCCUCCGAGUGGUUGGGUAGGCUGUUUGGAGUGUUUAUCCAACUUUAUAUAUUUUUUUUUUACAAUAAUAAUAAUGUGCCCACCACUUCUAAAAUCAAAGUUGCGCCCCUGAUUAUGAGGCACAGUUAAUGAACUCCUGCAAGAGAGAUGUACUGUAAUAUUGAAUGUAACAAAUCAAAAGCUGUAUUUUCCUGUAUCUAUUUACUUCUGACCAAUGGAUGAUAAUGUGCAUAGGGAUGAUAAUGAGAAUGGUUGAUAAUGUGAUUUGAUCAUGCCUGAAUGUGCUGAGCAAUAAAUGCUAUUUGAAGAGCA